AUGACUGUCGACCAGCGCUCACCCAAAAAACCCACCGUUCGUCGUGCUAAUUUGCCGGACCAUGCCUUGAUCGGAGAUGCCGCAAAGCUACCCAUCAAUGCCACGCAGCCUGUCAUCUCGAUGAGUCCGCUUGUGCUGCCGGCCCCAGAUCGCAUCAUGGACUUGCACCUUCGUGUAUCCGCACCUGUCAUAGGAGAGAAUCUGCCGAUCAUCCUCCUUUCCCACGGCCAAGGCCCGUCGAAUAACCUUUCCUCACUGAAUGGAUACGCCCCGAUCGCCAACUUCUGGGCCUCACACGGCUUCGUCGUCAUCCAGCCCACGCAUCUGGGUUCUCGAUCUCUCAACCUCACCAUCCAAGACGACCCAGAAGCUCCUUGGUUCUUGGAAAGCCGUGUGGCGGACUGCAAGCUCAUCAUCGACGAGCUGGACCAAAUUGAGACACUCUUCCCAAACAUCAAAGGCCGUCUGGAUCGUGGACGUAUUGCUGUGGUUGGCCACUCAGGGGGCGGCCAUACAGCAAGCCGACUUCUCGGUGCACGAGGAACCAAUCCUUCCCUCAAGUCCUUUGAAAAUGCCCGGGAGCCUCGUAUCAAAGCCGGGGUGCUUCUUGCAAGCCCCGGGGAUGGAAGAAAUGGAGACGGCAUGGGCCCUGCUGCCCUAAACACCGAAUUGAUAUACCAUAGUCAUGCCGAUAUGUCGGCCCCUGCAAUGGUAGUGAUUGGGGACCAGGAUGGGUUUCCAUUCUUGACAACUCGUGGCGCUGAGUACCAUGCAGACGCGUAUCACCAUAGUCCAGGCCCCAAGUCGCUCCUCACGGUGAAAGAUGGAAAGCACGGGUUGGGAGGGGUAUCCGGUUACGACGUCGCGGAGGCCACUGACGAUGAAAGUCCCGAGCGGCUCGCCAUGGUCCAACGAACGACUUGGGCUUAUUUGCGCAGUGCUCUUUAUCCGGAUGAUCAGGCCUGGUCCGAGGCGCGUGCUGCCUUGAAGGCGCUUCCGCAUCUGGGGGCGGCCGAGGACAGGGUCUGA